AAGCCGCUCUAUUGCAGCAGGUACCUCACCCUUUCAAUUGAGACUGAUCUGGUGGAAUCAUGGCAAACUCUGAGAGAUGCAGAACUACAGUUGCGUCCGUCUACAGGGGAACAUUUCUCCACUCGACCACAAAAACGGCGCUACAGAUCUUGGAGGAUGCUCUCCUGGGGGUGAAUACUGAGGGAAAGAUUGCUUUCGUUGGGGAAGGCUAUGAGUUAGAAAAACUUUCUCAGACCUUUGGAUUCAGCCCAUCUGAGGUCAUUCAGCUGGCACAACAUGAGUUCUUUAUGCCAGGAAUGAUAGACACCCACAUCCACGCAUCCCAGUACAGCUAUGCUGGUACAGCCUUGGACAUGCCUUUACUCCAGUGGCUUAACACCUACACCUUCCCUGUGGAGUCUCGCUUCAAAGACUUAGAGUUUGCCAAGAAGGUCUACACUCAAGUAGUGAAAAGAACACUGAGAAAUGGAACCACUACUGCAUGCUACUUUGCCACCAUUCACACAGAUGCCUCACUUCUCUUGGGUCAGAUUGCAAAUGACUUUGGCCAGCGUGCACUGGUGGGCAAGGUGUGUAUGGACAGAAACAACUCUGUGAAGCUUUACAAAGAAACCAGCCAGGAGUCUCAAGAUGAAGCCUAUCGGUUCAUCAAAGAGCUGUUGAACAGAAAGUAUCCUUUAGUGAAGCCAGUGGUGACGCCCCGUUUUGCUCCAUCCUGCACAGAAGCCCUCCUUACACAACUGGGAGCAAUUGCUAAGAAUAACAACCUGCACAUUCAGAGUCAUAUCAGUGAAAACAAUGAGGAGGUGGAGCUUGUAAAGGACCUGUUUCCUGGCUCAGAAUCUUACACAGAUGUUUAUCACAAAUGCAACCUGCUUACAAACAAGACAGUGAUGGCCCAUGGCUGCCACCUCAGUGAUAAAGAGUUGGCUCUGUUCAGGGAGACAGGAGCCUCUUUGUCCCACUGCCCCAAUUCCAACAUUUCGUUGUGCAGUGGUGUGUUAAAUGUCCGCAAUGUCCUGAAUCACAAAGUGAAAGUGGGACUUGGAACAGAUGUAGCAGGGGGCUACUCUUCUUCUGUACUUGAUGCUGUAAGGAAAGCUAUUGAUGCAUCCAAAGUCCUGACCAUCCAGAACCCAGGACACAAAACUCUCUCCUUUGAGGAGGUUUUCAGGCUGGCCACACUGGGUGGCAGUCAAGCUCUGUCCCUGGACGAUCAAACAGGAAACUUUGAAGUGGGCAAAGACUUUGAUGCCCUGAGGGUUAAUGUGGCUGCUCCUGGUGGACCCAUCGACCUGAUUCAGCAUGAGGAACCAAAGAUUCUUUUGGAAAAGUUUUUGAAUCUAGGUGAUGAUCGUAACCUUGUGGAGGUGUUUGUUGCUGGGAGGAAGGUGGUGCCGUUCACAGAGCCAGGAUCAGAGUAAAUCGCUCAGUAUCAGAUGGACUGAUUUUUUUUUUUUCUUUUUAAGGAUAAGGAAUAAUAAUGAAUUUUAAUAAGGUAAUAAAUAUUUCAGACUUAGAUGUAAAAAGAUGCAAGUCAGUGGAGUUCAUAGCAGCCUGAGGUCAGCUAAACUUUAUUCAGGCUGCUCCUGUGGGCUUUUAAUGGGGAAAGAAGGGACUUAGAAAGUGCUGUAAAAUUUGCACUUUUCACCAAAUUGUUGCUAACAGUUAACCAGAUGCCUUUUUCUCGUACACCAACUUUAGCUAAUAAAUAAGGUACUUUUUUUACUGUCCUUUUUGUUCACAUAAACAUCUGUCUUUUUUACACCUACCUAUUUAAAAUAACAGAUACAAAUGCAGAUUGCUAUGGUCUUUAUACUGUGGUAAAA